AGACAGAACCAUUUCAUGUCACUCUGACUACUGUGGAAGAUUGGAGAUGAUGGGGUGUGGAUGUGGAGCAGGUGGCCAUCUGCUGGACAUGCUAAAGGGCAGCUAUAUAUACAGUAUAGUGUUCAAUGCCGUCAUCAACCAUAUCUCACCGGCUUUAGUUGAUGCCAGGAAUAGAUUCUUGAGAAGAAACAGGAACCAGACCAUCAGGUGCAAUGAGGAACUUCAUGUUUGAGCACCCUCUACCAGAUAAAUCCCAACACUGGACAAUGGACUUACCAUUGAAGCACUGAAGGUGCAGACCCACCUGGAGAGCCCCUCAAAAUACCACAUCCAGCAGACCCAGAGGCAGCAGGUGAAGCAUUACCUGUCCAGUGCACUGGGAGCCAAGCUAAGCCCACAGGCCAGCACAGGGCCCGGCCCCAGCCAGCCCACGGAACACGGCAUGCCCCCUGGACCAGGAGCCAGCGCUCCUAAUAGCCCUAUGGCCCUUCUCACCCUCAACUGUGAGAAAGAGAUGGAUGACGUAAUUGAAGACAUCAUAAGUUUGGAAUCGAGCUACAACGAUGAUAUUCUUGGGUUCAUGGAUGCGGGACUUCAAAUGACUAAUGCGAUUCCAGUUUCUGCAAACCUAUUGGACAUGUACAACAAUCAUGCUCUUCCUCCUGCUGGGGUUACCAUUAACAACUCCUGCUCUAACCUACCGUCUGUCAAAAGGGAAUUAUCCGUUACCCCAGCACCUGGCAUGAUGCACAUAAUGGACAAUCCAGGACCAUGUGGCAAGUUUGACAAUUAUCAAAGGCCUGAAGGCUUUCCAGUAGAAGCAGAGGUCAGAGCCUUGGCAAAAGAGAGACAAAAGAAGGACAACCAUAACCUCAUUGAAAGAAGGCGGCGUUUUAAUAUAAAUGAUAGAAUUAAGGAGCUGGGGACAUUAAUUCCAAAGUCAAAUGAUCCGGACAUGAGGUGGAAUAAGGGGACCAUCCUGAAAGCUUCGGUGGAUUAUAUUAGGAAACUGCAGAAAGAGCAGCAGAAAGCAAAAGAGCUGGAAAACAGACAAAAGAGACUAGAACAUGCAAACAGACAUCUCCUGCUUCGUAUUCAGGAGCUUGAGAUGCAAGCCCGUGCUCAUGGACUCGCCGUUAUACCCUCUCCCAGCCUUUAUUCCGCUGACCUGGUGGCUCGAGCUAUCAAACAAGAGCCCGGGAUGGGGAACUGCACAUCUGAUUUGUACUCGCACCUCCCCAGUCCUGACAUAUCCCGCCCCACCACUCUGGACCUCAACAACGGCACCAUCAGCUACAACGACAGCCCCACAGAGGAAGAGGAACCGGGGGUCUAUGACAGCCCCAACAAGACCUCCGCCAAGCUGGAGGACAUGCUUAUGGACAACACCCUGUCUCCAGUGGGCAGCAGUGACCCCCUGCUGUCCUCCGGCUCCCCCAUCCCAUCCAACAGCAGUGGCAGCAGCAGUAUGGAUGAACAUGAAAAUGGCUGUUAGCAUUGCGAACAAACUUCGAUGAACCAAAGUUAGACGAUUAGAGGUUUCUUUGUAUAAUGAAAUGUUACAGUACUAAUGUUACAUUCAGGUGGUUUCCUUUCAAUCUAGAUCAUGUGUAACAUGAAGAGCACUUUUAAGUACAGUACUUAUCUUGUAUUUUAGAAUAUUUAGUGUAUAUAUUUUUUUCAUAUAUCGUUUUGGAGUUUACUAGUUAAGAAUGACUUAUUUUAAAAAUUUCUUGAUUUAUGAAUGAUUUCUCCAGCACAAAAUAAAAAAUAGCUAGAAUAAAAACAGCUAAAGUGUAAUUUCCAGAGUUGGCCUGAUAUUGUCCACAAUUUUUUUUAUUUUUUUUUUUUGGGUGGGGCGGGGUGGGGGGGUACAUUUUCCAGAGGUGGAGUAACCAGUAGCACUUGUCUAGGCUUGCACAAUUCAGUUCACUUCUACAACUGUUAAUUAACUCUUAAGAGAAACUUCAAAACAUGACUGCAGACAUCUCUAUAAAAGAAACAUUUACAGAGGUCUGAUAGUAGUUAGAAGCAAUCUCAUUUAGGAUGUCCAAUCUGUAGCAUAAACUCAUUGAAUUAUUUUCAACAAUUUUUUGAUGAUGAAAUUAAACAUGUUGGCCAGUGGUUACCAUCCAAUGGUCAGAAGAUGAAGUCUAUUUACCCAUCAGAUUCCUCAGAUGACCAUGAGAGAGUUGUUGGACAUUUUGAACAUUUUAAAUUUCUUCUGUCAUUGUCUGGUUUGUUUUCAGUACAAUAUAUACUUUUGCACAGCAUGGUAGAUUUUAUCAUUCAGGCACAGUUUUUAAUCCAUAAUCUGUGAAUAUUAUGUGCAAUUAUGUGUUGGACCGUUUAGACAGGAUACUAACAUUAUCAGUAAAAAUGAAUGCCAAAAUCCUGACACAUAAUUUACUAAUUUUAUUACAAUGAUAUCUGGUAUACGUAAUGAUGAAUGACUUGCUAUUGAACAGCUAAAGUACAAUUGUUGUCUCUAUAUUAUACCUUUUAUCAGCUUGUAUACUACAAUUGAUGGAAUUCUACUGUGAUUUUUUUAAGGGUCAAGGUCUUAAAAAGUGGUGUAGUUUUGAUGUAGUAACAAAUCAUUAAUGAAGACAGGAGUGAACAUUUAUAUCAGAUUAUCUGAUUCAAAUCUAGUAGUUUUCUCACUUUUUUAUGCAUUGUUAUUAGGUCAUUUUUAUAUACAGUACUGUAAUAUCCUGAAUAAUGCAUGCAUUUCAAAGGUU